UUCUUCUGUUUUUUUCCUCUUAAAGGAAGAAACAUACGACAGUGUUGGCACAGCAAAUAGGCCAAAUAAGAUCACGCGCAACCGCAUCUCUCCCGUGUCUGGAAUCUUUCCCCACACGGCGGGCCACACAACGGAAACGGCAAACCCUCCUCCUUUGUUGAAUUUAUACGCAUACAGACAACCUCAUUAAUCUAACGCUUUCUCUUCUCUCUCAAGCUCAAACCACAGCUUCUUCAAUGGCCGCCAGCGAAGAACGAAGAGCGCUUGAACCCGAGAAGCAAAGGCUGCUCAACCAGCACAAAGAGAAGCACUUCACUGCCGGCGAGAUCGUCCGUGACAUCAUCAUCGGCGUUUCGGACGGGCUCACCGUGCCAUUCGCCCUGGCCGCUGGCUUGUCCGGCGCCAAUGCCACGUCCUCCAUCAUCCUCACUGCCGGCAUCGCAGAAGUCGCCGCCGGCGCUAUCUCCAUGGGACUUGGCGGAUAUCUUGCGGCGAAAAGCGAAGCUGAUCUCUACGUGAGGGAGCUGAGGAGAGAGGAAGAAGAAAUAGUUGCGGUUCCUGAUACAGAGGCGGCGGAGGUGGCGGAGAUACUGGCACAGUAUGGGAUAGAGCCCCAUGAAUACGGGCCAGUUGUGAACGCUCUCAGGAAGAAGCCCCAGGCAUGGGUUGAUUUCAUGAUGAAGUUUGAACUUGGAUUAGAGAAACCUGAUCCAAGGAGAGCACUACAGAGUGCACUUACAAUCGCAAUUGCUUACAUCUUGGGUGGAUUUGUGCCGCUGGCUCCUUAUAUGUUCAUUCCAAGGGCUAGAGAUGCUGUGGUUGCUUCUGUUGCGGUGACCUUAGUGGCAUUGCUAAUCUUCGGCUACGCCAAGGGCUACUUCACAGGGAAUAAGCCCAUCAUCAGUGCCUUGCAAACUGCUCUCAUUGGAGCCAUUGCUUCUGCAGCCGCUUUUGGCAUGGCAAAAGCUGUCCAUCCAUAGUCUUCUAGCUACCAUUCCAUAAUAAUAAUAAUGCUUCUUCUUCUUCUUUAGAGAGUUUUUGGCUUGUAAGUAUGUAUCCCUUCUGGCUUCUGCUGUGUUUCAAAACUUGGACAUUUCUUUGUUUUUAUCCUUCUAGUUUGAUCUUGAUUUACAAGAGUA